AUAGACUUUUCGUGGCAGAGUGUUCAAGCUUUUCUUGUCAAUGGAUUGGUAUUUCUCUUUUCGACGGAAAAAAUGUCUAAACUUGCAUUAAAGUGUUGACAAUUCUUCGUAACGACGAUCUCAUUGAUCGAAUUCAUCGAUUUAAGAGAAAGACGUGAUCGAGGGGCCGGCAACGCGGGGACUCCUCCUCCUCCUUCGCCCGCUGUCCACGGAUAGAGCCGCCUCUCUCUCUCUCUCUCUCUCUCUCUCUCUCUCUCUCUCUUUGUGGCGUCGUGGUUGUUGCAGGUCGGUGGUUCCUCUGAUGCAGGAGACUAGGGUUUACGGGGGGACAGAGACAACUCGGUCCGCCAGAUGAUCGGCCUCCGCGUGGGCUCGGGCCGCCCGUUGCCGUCGAUUCUUCCUUCCCCUCCCAACUCCGCUGCCAAGACCAGAGUCCUAGCCCUAGCUUUCUCGCCUCGGAAUCUGUGCUCUCGCGGAAGGUUUUCUCGUUCCGGGGCUCCCACUCAGGCAUGGAAACUAGGAUGUUAUGCCCAUGAGAGAUCACCUUUUGACGUUAAUAAUGCAAAAUCUGAAGAAAAUCAGGCAGAAAAGUUAGAACCUAAUCUUGAACUGAACGGAUUGCCAGUGGAGAAGCAGCAGUCAACACGUAUACUUCAAAAGAUUGUCAAUGUUGUCUCUAGAUUCCUUCAUGUGGAGCCUUGGACCGUACCUUGGACAGCAGAAACCAUUCUCCAGGUCAUGCUCCUGUGGAUUGCUUCUUUCUGGUUUGUUGGUUCUUGGACUAUCCCCUUCAUUGCUCACACCGCUGGAAUCAGCAAAGAAACACUAACUUACAGAGGCCAGGCUUUGUAUAGCCUCUUAACAGACAUAGCUGAGGGGCUUGCUGGAAUUGCUAUCCUCCACAGUUGCCUUUCUCGGUACCAGCCACUUCCACCAAACUGGUUCCGCUUCAGUCUCAAGGGAAAAUGGCAACUUGACGUAGCCCUGGGCUGCCUCAUGUUUCCACUGGUAAAUCGGUUGGCUCAGAUCAACCUCGAUCUUCUGCCCUUCCCUUCACCAAUGACAUCGAAUGUGGAGCAAUCGAUAAUGGCGCGUGACCCUAUUGCUAUGUCUCUUUACGCAAUUGUUGUGUCAGUCUGUGCCCCAAUCUGGGAAGAGAUUAUGUUCCGGGGAUUCCUGCUGCCAUCACUUACCCGGUACAUGCCUGUUUGGUGUGCAGUUGGUGUUAGUUCUCUAAUGUUUGCCCUGGCGCAUUUCAAUGUUCAAAGAAUGCUGCCUCUUGUAUUCUUAGGCUUGGUCAUGGGUAUUGUUUUCACCCGAUCGAGAAACCUUUUGGCAUCCAUGAUCUUGCAUAGCCUGUGGAAUGGAUUUGUAUUCUUAGAUUUGAUGAAAUAAUAUCACAAAUUAAUUUUUGCUUA